UUUUGAGGUCAACUUUUAAGCUUACUCAAACGUGCAUCAAUACCAGUGCCCUAACUCUUCCGUAUUUGGCGUUCAAAGUUCAUCCUCUCCUCUGCAAUUCGAAAUUUCUCAACUUCAUAAAUAGGAACAGGCUUAGGGUGUUUCUUUUUCAUUCUCUUUUCGCAAUUUAAUUGAAUUCGAUUUCACUGUCGAUGGACAAAUUCGAUAGGCACAGAGGUGGAGAAAGAUAUAAUAACAGCAACAAUCAAGAAUUUCAUAACUAUAGUAGUAGUAACAGACAGUCCCGAGGUCCUCCCUCCUCUCGAUUCUCAGAAGGUGGCGGCGAUGGUGAAGAAGGAGGUUACCGCGGUGGUGGAGGAAAGGACUAUAUUAGCGCGGGAAAUUAUCCGAGCGGCGGCGGGAGCGAAAGUCGCAGGCCGUUUGAUAGUCCUCCGAGCUACCCUCAUCCAGUAAGCGGUGAUAGGGAAUUUAGACCAUUUGAUGGUGGGGCCAAUGGAGGAUUCAGACGGGUUGGUGGUUUUGGUGUUGGACUUCGACCAAUUGGUGGUGGUGGAGGGUUUCGAUCUAUGGGGGCUGGAGGAGGGUUUCGGCCAAUGGGUAGUGGUGGUGAUGGUGAUGGUGGGGGGUUUGCUUCAAAUAAUCAACCGAUGGCACCGUACACUAUCUCUGGGCAAAAACGCGGGUAUCCAUUUUCUGGCAGAGAAAGGUCCCCAGACCAAUUGGAUGGAACCCGUUUCGCAAAGCUUUUUGUCGGAUCUGUUCCAAGGACUGCCACGGAAGAAGAUAUCCGACCCUUGUUUGAGGAACAAGGGAAUGUUUUAGAGGUUGCUUUGAUUAAGGAUAAGAGAACUGGACAACAACAAGGGUGUUGCUUUGUUAAAUAUGCUACUUCAGAAGAAGCUGAUAGAGCCAUUAGAGCUUUGCAUAACCAGUAUACGUUACCUGGGGGAGUUGGUCCUAUCCAAGUCAGAUAUGCCGACGGGGAACGAGAACGGCUAGGGGCGACCGAGUACAAGUUAUUUGUUGGUUCUCUGAAUAAACAAGCUACAGAGAAAGAAGUUGAAGAAAUCUUUUUGCCCUAUGGUAGAGUUGAAGAUGUCUAUCUUAUGCGAGAUGAAAUGAGGCAGAGUCGUGGAUGUGGGUUUGUCAAAUAUGCUCAUAGAGAGAUGGCACAGGCGGCAAUUAAUUCUCUCAAUGGAAUAUAUACAAUGAGAGGGUCUGACCAGCCAUUGACUGUUCGUUUUGCUGAUCCUAAGAGACCUAGACCUGGAGAAUCAAGAGGUGGUCCUGGUUUUGGUCCUCGCUUUCCUGCACCUGGGACUAGACCAGCCGCUGAACUUGGCAACCCAUUGCGUGGCGGCAUUCCUCCUAAUGCCUGGCCUCUGGCAAGUUCACAAAAUCUGGGCUCACAUUCUAAUGUUGGCAUGCUUGGUUUUGGAAAUCAGUUGCCUGCUAGGUCUGGGGAUAUUGUGUCUUCUACUCCAGGCUCUAUUGGUGUCCUUCCUGGCAAUGUUGAUGGCAUGCAUUCUGGGCCUGUGGUUUCUUCUGUACCUAUGUCACAGAUGUCUUGGCCUCAAGUUCCAUCUGUUGGCCAGCAAGUAUCACCGAUACAGAGGCCACCAUCAGGACAACACUUGCCAUCUUCCUUGCAGUUACAACCUUUGAAUGCGGCAUCUUUCUCCAAAACACAAAGUUUGAAUGGAUCACACACUCAAUUGGGUCAAAUGCAUUCAACUGGUCAUAGUCCUCACAGUCAGGCUAUACAAACACAACAGCUGCCUGGUUUGAGUGGGCAGUCAACUGUUCCUCGACCACAGAUGCAGCAUAAUGCACCAUCUGCCCCAGGACAAGGAUCCGUGAUGGAAAAUUUUCAGCAAAUACCUACUCAGCAGUUUCAACCUCUUCAUCAAUCCCAAUCACCAUUGGCUCAGAUGGGGGGGGGGGGGGGUGUAUCUUCUUGGGCUGGAAUUGCAUCACAGACAGUUAACAGUACUGCUGGUGUCCAACCAGGAGAUGUAGCUCCUCCUACAUCUGCUUCUGUUAAAUGUAACUGGACAGAGCAUACUUCUCCUGAUGGAUACAAAUAUUAUCACAACAGUACAACUGGUGAAAGCAAGUGGGAAAAACCUGAAGAGUUAGCACUCAGUGAGCAGCAACAGCAACAAAAGCCGUCUAUCCAACAACGUGAAGUUCAGUCUCAGCCACAAGGACUAUCUGUACAGCAAGGUCCUCAGACCCAAACAAACCUUCAAGGUCAAUAUCAGGCACAGUUCCAAACCCCGAUCCGGCCAUUGCAGCAAACUUCGCAAUCACCCUGGUAUCAGGUCCCUGGACCCACUAGUCAAAACUCUCAGGAACUUCGCUUCCCACAGCCAUCUGCAGCCAUUGGUUCUAUUAAUGACCCAACACGUUAUCAGCAGGGGUUCCAGUCUUCUCAAGAAUGGAUGUGGAAGAAUAAGCCUACAGGAGCCUGAUCCUGAUUAUCAAACAGAUUGUGCGCUUAAUACUGAACUGCGAGGCGGUUUCUGUUUGGGCGAUGGAGACAAAGCAUAGACACGAGCAUCCUCUAAUCCUGAAAUUUACGGAACCGAGUUCUCGUUGUUGAGAAGUACAUGUACGAGGCUGCUGCCCCAUGAGUCGCUCAUGACAAUACUACAUGAUAUGCUUAAAUGCUUUAGAAUUAUAUUACGGCAUUUUCCUUGAGAUUGUGAAAAAUAUGCGGUGUAGAAAUCUUUUACGGGUGUAGAAGUUUUAAUCUUGCUACUAGCCCAGUAGCCCCUGAUGAGUUUCAUCAAUUUGCAUUUUGUGGCUAUUUUUUUUCUGUACGAGUUGCCUCAUAUCACGAUAGCAGCAUCAGAUGUGCAUUAGAGGUGCUAUGGGUUCUUUAUGCUGCCCACAUACUUUGAUUCGUAAACAGGUGAUUCUGUUAAAAUAUUUUUUACUUUU